CACUGCCCUUUAUGUUUGCCAUUUUCAAAGCUGGCAUCAGAACAGGACUCAGGAACCAUAAACUUGCUUUCCGCACAUACACACACUUCCCGUAUACAAUGGACGGUUUCCCCUCUACAAAGAGACGCUUGUCAUCCGAGUCUGACCGCGUGUCGAAGAAAGUAGCCAACGGCGUUUUACAUGACGUGGCCAUGACCGACGUUUCCAACAGCGUAAGCAUCAGUGAAUCCGAAUCCGAAUCUGGUUCCGAAGCCGAGGAUGUCGCUUUCCCGGCAGACUCCCCGGCGUGGCAGGCAACCAUCCAGACAGUCGUCAAGUCAGUCGUAUCCAUCCAUUUUGCACAGGUGGCGAGCUUCGACCUGGACUCCGCCGUCGUCAGCGAGGCGACCGGGUUUGUGGUGGACGCCGAGCGCGGAAUCAUUCUCACCAACAGACACGUCGUGGGUGCCGGCCCCUUCUGGGGGUACGCUGUCUUCGACAACCACGAGGAAGCGGUUGUGAAAGCGAUCUAUCGCGACCCGGUACACGACUUUGGGUUUUUGAAAUUUAAUCCCGCUGAUAUCAAGCAUAUGCAGGUCCGCGCGUUGGUAUUACGCCCGGAGUUGGCAAAGGUCGGCGCAGAGAUCCGCGUCGUGGGUAACGACGCGGGUGAAAAGUUGUCGAUUCUCGCGGGGUUCAUCUCGCGAUUGGACAGAAACGCGCCAGAAUAUGGCCAUAUGACUUAUAAUGAUUUCAACACAGAGUAUAUCCAGGCGGCUGCCUCGGCCUCCGGUGGGUCGUCCGGGUCUCCGGUCGUCAACAUUGACGGGUACGCCGUGGCGUUGCAGGCCGGUGGAUCGACCGAGUCGUCCACCGACUUUUUCCUCCCGGUUUACCGUAUUCUCCGGGCCUUGACGUGUGUGCAGACUGAAACCCCCGUGACCAGAGGGACGAUCCAGGUACAAUGGAUCCUCAAACCGUUUGACGAGUGCAGACGCUUGGGGUUGACCGCGGACGCGGAAGCUGUCUCCAGAGCCAUGUUCCCCGAGAAGAUUGGGUUGUUGGUGGCGGAGGUUGUGCUCCCACAGGGUCCGGCCGAUUCGCAGUUGAAGGAGGGUGAUGUGCUCAUCUCCAUCAACGGCCAGAACAUUUCCACCUUCAUCAAGGUUGACGACAUCUUGGACUCCAGCGUGGGUCAGACUAUCGACUUGGUCGUCCAACGCGGCGGUGUCGUAACCCCCGCAACGCUCCGCGUUGGUGAUCUCCACGCUAUCACGCCAAACCGCUACCUCCAGGUGUGUGGUGCUUCCUUUAACGACCUUUCGUACCAGAUGGCGCGCAUCUACGCGAUCCCCGUCAAGGGGGUCUUUGUCAAUAGCGCGUCCGGGUCCUUCUUCUUCGACAAGAACGAGAAGUGCGGCUGGAUCAUUGACUCCGUGGACGAUCAGGAUACCCCGGACCUCGAUACCUUCAUAGAGGUCAUGAAGUCCAUCCCUGACUGUAAGCGCGUGCCGGUUGCGUUCCGCCACUUGACGGACCUCCACUCGCAGAACGUGGCCGUCAUCUACAUCGACCGCCACUGGAUGACCGCGUUCCGCGUGGCCGUCAGGAACGAUGAGUCUGGCUUGUGGGACUUCACCACGAUGCAGGAAAAGCCGUUGCCACCAUUGCCGCUCACACCGCACAACGCUCGUUUCAUCGACAUCGCGAUGGAGUCUAAGGGGUGCGCGCAGUUGUCACGCAGCUUUGUACUAGUGGGGACCAAAUUGCCGGUCCCGUUGGACUCGUUCCCGUCGUCCCGCAAGCGUGGCUACGGUGUUGUCAUCGAUGCUGCUAAGGGUUACGUGCUUGUAUCUCGCUACGUCGUUCCUCACGACUUGUGUGACGUAGACAUCACCAUCGCCGAGUCUAUUAUCAUCCCCGCCAAGGUUAUUUUUCUCCAUCCAUUGCACAACUACGCCGUGGUCAAGUACGAUCCGGCGUUGGUAUUGGCGCCCGUGCAGACCCCCAAGUUCAGCUCCACGCCAUUGCGCAAGGGUGACAAGAUAAACUUUAUCGGGUUCAACUUCAACCUCCGUACCAUCACCACCGAGACUCGCAUCAGUGACAUUUCGUCAAUCAACGUGCCGAGCUCCAGUAUGGCCCCGCGCUACCGCGGUACCAACCUCGAGGGCCUUCAGAUUGAAAGCAACAUGUCAACGCACUGUAGCUCUGGUGUUUUGGCUGAUAACGACGGAACCAUCCGCGCUGUGUGGUUAUCCUUCUUGGGUGACCGCAACAAUGACCAGGACACGAUCUACCGCAUGGGUAUUGACGUUACUGAUAUCAACGACAUUAUCCAAAAAUUCCAGAACGAUGAAACGCCAAACGUGCGCAUCAUCGACAGCGAGUUCUUUGCGUUGCCGUUGUCGCAGGCCAGGCUCAGAGGGGUGUCCGAGAAGUGGAUUGCCAAGGUUGAGGAGCAGGAGGGUAUGGAGCGGUUCCAGUUUUUGAGUGUGUCGCGUGUCGCGUGUGCCACAUCGACGCAGCCACAGAACCCAUUGUUACCAGGUGACAUUGUGUUGUCGGUGAACGGCCAAGCCGUACACAAGAUCAAGGACUUGAACGCGUUGUCCAAUAAUGCGGAGUUGGAGUUCCACAUCGUCAGACGCAAGCAAGAAAUGACCUUGGCUAUCCAAACCGUGCCGACCGAUACCUUCAACACGUCGCAGGUGGUGAUCUGGUGUGGGGCCGUGUUGCAGGGUCCGCAUCACGGUGUGCGCCAGUUGAUGAAGAACCUCCCAUCUGGUGUCUAUUGCACCGACCGUGCGCAGGGAUCGCCUGCGCGUCACUAUGGGAUUGGCUCUACUAACUUUAUCACGCACGUGAAUGAGCAGGAGACGCCGGACUUGGAUGCGUUUAUGAAGGUGGUCAAAGGCAUUCCAGAUAACACGUACGUGAAGUUGCGCAUUGUUUCGUUUGACAACGUACCGUUUGCGAUUUCGUUGAAGACCAACUACCACUACUUCCCAACCGCGGAGUUGAAGAAGGAUACCGAGCAGGACAAGUGGGUCGAGCAUGAGGAAUAGAGUUGCAUUGCUUGUAUAUUAGAAAAUAUUUGAGUUUUGACCGGA